AUGGCUGCGUGGAGCGAGCGGCUGGCAGGCGUGCGCGGGGUGCUGCUCGACAUCUCGGGUGUCCUGCACGAUAGCGGCGAGGGCGGCGGCGUGCCCAUCCCUGGCUCCGUGGAGGCGCUGGCGAGACUGAAGCGGUCCCAGCUGAAGGUGAGGUUCUGCACCAACGAGUCACAGAAGUCCCGGGGGGACCUGGUGGGGCUCCUGCGGCACAUGGGCUUCGACAUCUCUGAGGGCGAGGUGACCGCCCCGGCCCCGGCCACUUGCCUGAUCCUGAAGGAGCGAGGCCUGCGGCCACACCUGCUCAUCCAUGACGGAAUCCGCUCAGAAUUUGCCCAGAUCGACACGUCCAACCCGAACUGUGUCGUAAUAGCAGAUGCAGGAGAAAGCUUUUCUUACCAAAACAUGAAUAAGGCCUUUCAGGUGCUCAUGGAGCUGGACAAUCCUGUGCUCAUAUCUCUGGGAAAAGGGCCCAGUGACGAGCACCAUCCAGAAGUGAAGGCUGAUGGGUACGUGGACAACCUGGCAGAGGCCGUGGACCUGCUGUUGCAGUACGCGCACCAGUGA